GGUUAUUUUAACAGCAAGCAAAGUCUGAAGACUGUUUAUAUCAAACUAAGUAUUUAUAGAAUGUUUCCUGUCGGUGACCAUAAAACUGUCUUUUUACUGACAAGCUGUUUGCUUAGUCAAGUUUUUAUUUCAUACUGUCACUGUGACCACGAAUUUUCGAAUGCCAGUCCACAUGAAAAUGUCUUUAACAAAAAUGGUUCUGUUACGAUAGACCAUAAUGUAUUCUUAAAACAGAUAUUUCAUAAGUAUGGAGAUAAUGGAGUAAUCACUUUAGAGGGUUUUGAGCGUUUACUGGAAAGCCUCGGUAUUGGAGAAGUUGCAAUACAUGACCAUCAUCUGGCAUUAAACCGUAAGGAUAAUCACAUAUUUCACGAUGAACAUCGUAAUGAACAAGCGAUUAAAAACUCUGCCAAACUUAAACAGAUAAAAACUGUGGGAAAAGAAAACAAACAUGAAAAUACAGCCAGCGAUACUGGUUUUAGGCCAUCUGUACGUGAUCUUCAAAUUAUCUCAAAAUCGCAGAGUGUAACAGAUGAGAAGAGAUAUAUUACCGGUGGUCGAAAACUAGAAAGAAAAGGAAAGCUAGCCCAAGAUGAAAGACCUAAGAAAAAGAAGAACAGUUCAUCUUUGAACUUUGUAGAAAAUAUGAAUAUUCAUGCAGAUCAUGUAGCAAAAGUUGUUAAAUAUCCACAAAAGUGUCUUACUGCCAUGGAGAUACUUCUGCACUUUAAUUUAAAUCCAGCGGAUAGCUUCAUCACUCAAAAGGAUUUUCUGCACCUUUGCCCAGCCAUUAUAUAUGAGUUGGAGCAACAUCAUUGUAAAGACAUAGGUGAUUGUCAUAGCGAUAUUCAUGAAGAAAAAGAUAAACCAAGUAGCAGAAACUCGUAUGCUUUGGCAUAUGGUUCAGCAGCUGUUAUAGUGAUUAGUCUGUGUGGGAUUGUCAGUGUUGCCAUUGUACCAGUGAUGCAGCGACUGUUUUACCAGACACUUCUUCAGUUUCUUGUCGGUCUUGCUAUUGGUAGCCUUUCAGGAGAUGCUCUCUUACACCUUCUACCUCAUGCCAUGGCAGGUGGAGAAAAGCACAAACAUGAUAAUAAAAACACAGGAGAAACAGAGGGAGAACAUGUUUGGCGAGGUUUGGUUGCAUUAGCUGGAAUCUAUAUCUUAUUUCUGGCAGAAAGAGCAUUGCAUCUAUUGACAAGUUACCAAACCAAAAGAAAAAACAAGUGUAAGAAGAGGAGCAUUCACAAGUUUCCAUCAGUACCAGGGUCUUUCAAUACACUUCAGAGAAUACAGAUGGAUUGUGGAACAAAUGUUGGAGAAAAGCUCUCACAUUACCAGCAAAAUGGCAUAGUUUCAGAAGAUACGGAUCUUGAAGUACUACAGAAAUUACAUAAUUCCUUUGGAAAAAAAGAUGACUGUGAAUACAGUGCAGAUGUUCCUGAAGAUUCUUCUCCAUUUUGCAAUUAUUCCUCAAUCAAAAGUGAUCUUGCCAGUGUUGAUAAUAAGGCAGAUGUGUCAUGUGAUGAACAGUGUCACAGAGAUACUGUUUAUUAUCAUAAAGAUGAUAAUCAUUCUUAUGUCAUCACUGUUGCUGAUCACCACCAUCAUCAGGAUAAGGGACAUGGACACAGUCACGAAGUCCCAACAUCAGUGUCUGCAGUAGCAUGGAUGGUUAUUAUGGGAGAUGGAUUUCACAAUUUUUGUGAUGGCCUUGCAAUUGGGGCUGCUUUUGCAUCAGGCACUUCAGGGGGAUUAAGCACAACAAUAGCUGUAUUUUGUCACGAACUACCACAUGAACUAGGGGAUUUUGCCAUGCUUUUAAAAGCAGGAAUGACUGUUAAACAAGCUUUGUUGUAUAAUGGUUUAUCUUCCAUUCUCUGCUUCUUGGGAAUGGUAAUUGGUGUCACUUUGGGAAAUGUUAGUAGUGCAAAUGAAUGGAUUUUUGCUGGGGCAGCAGGAAUGUUCCUUUAUAUUGCCUUGGUGGAUAUGGUUCCAGAAUUAGAGUCAUAUCCAAGUCACUGGAAAUUCCACAGUCUCCAUCUGUUGGGAAUACAAAUUCUUGGAAUUUCAGUUGGCAUAUCUGUGAUGUUGGUUGUUGCUGUUUAUGAACAGGAUCUAAAAUCUUCCAUUGGUUGAAAUGAGCUUGAUUUUUUUAAUAUACUGAACAUAAAGUUUUUUUGAAUGUGUUCGGUGGAGAUGAAAACUUGAGUAAUGUCCAGCUUUUAUAAAAUUACAUGGAAUGCUUACUUUAUUGAAUGAACCAAUCACUAUAAAAUGUAAUAUGUUGAAUAUUUUUAUGGAAAUACCAGGAGUCUAAAGGAUGUUCAUAAAUUUAAAGGCUUCUUUUUAAGACAAACAUUUAUAAAAAUGAGUAAUUGUAAGAACAGGUAUGUUUACCUUCAAGGAAUUGGGAACAACUUGAAUUUGUACAGAAUGUUAUGGCUCCAAGGAGCUCAAACGAUCAAUAACAGCAGAUAUUAAUACUAGGUUUAGCUAUCUUUCAUUCCAUUUGGUAGUGUGUUGG